AUGACCCCCACCUCAAGCAAAUAUAUCGAGAAUGAUGAUGAGUACGAAGCAGUGGUGCAAAUGGCCGAGCGGCUUCUUGUGGACUUCACUCAAUCUCCCGGGCCGAAGGGACAGCCUGGCUUAGUUACCCAUGGUCACACAAUGCUUAUACCGGGACCGACUCAAGAUGGAUGGCAAACGAAGCGCACCAUCCAGGUUGUCGAGCCCAGGAAACCGUCAAAUCCUCCGCCUCGAAGCCAUCAAUCUACGUCCUCUCCAAAUGAUUCACUUCUUUCAUUUUCCCAAGCAAAAAAGGCCACUCGUCAAGUUAGCCUGAGAAACGAUGUCACGGUCUCAAAUGCCAACAAAAACCAAGUUGGCCAGCGGACACGGAUUCCAGGUUUUACAGAGCAAACAGCCCUAACAUCGGCCUCGAGUUCGACAACAGGAAAGAAUGUGAGCGAAAGCUCCGCAAUCCUACCACGCGUGAACUUACGUAUCUCCUCUUCGAAGUUUGGAUCGUCUCCUAGUCCUUCGCGGUCUCCGGAACCACAUACAGCAGUAGCGACGGCGCGUCGCUCUGCCCGGCCUCGAAAGGAUCCGGUAACCUACAAUAUUCGCACUCUGUCAGGUCUUGAUAAGAGGGGGCUCAAAAAAGACCCAUUUGGCCUAAGUAAUAGUUCGGGAGAAGAGUCAAGCCUCGAUAUUUCUUGUUCUUCACAUCCGACUUCAGCUUCCACUAUUUCAGAUCUUUUUUCAACACCGAUUCAGAUUCCGAGUGGUCGAUCGCAAACCGCCAAUGAUUUCAGAAAGCUACUACAAGGCCGCGAGAUACAAGGUAAAAAACCUCUCACUCGUAUCCGAGAAACAGUGAGCUCCAAUCUCAAGUUGUGGAAGUCAUGGAAAGGCGCCUCAAAUGACGUUAAUACCGUGGCAUGGUCACCAGAUGGCACGCGCUUUGCCGCGGGCGCUACUGCUCAGUCUGAUGUGUAUAACCGUUCCAAUAAUCUUGUCCUCGGUGAUCUUGUGCGCAGUUCUCUAGCUGAACUGCCAGAUCACUGGACCCCUCGUCCGGCCUCUGUUAUCGGCACGGAUCCCCGCAGUUUCUCAAGCGUUAUCGCUGUGCAAUGGCUUGGUGAACGGUUGUAUUCUGCCAGCUACGAUCAAACGGUGAAAGUCUGGGACGUUACGACUUCGCCCCGAGCUUCCUGCCUUCGAACCCUAAAGCAUGAUUCUAAAGUUGUGGUGAUGGCUCUAUCAAGCUGGAUGCCAAACUUUGUCGCUACGGGCGCUCGGGGUUUUGAAUUGUGGGAUCUUACAGCUGACUCGGCCCCUGUUAGAUUGGAGGUUCGACGAAGUUCCCUUCAAAAGGCAAAUGCCAAUCUGACGCCAACAGUUCUGGCCUGGGGCCAAAGCGUGGGAAUGAGCCGCUUUCUCGUUGGCGGGAUGGCGCAACCGCUACAAGACAAUCUCUUUAUCUCUCAACACGGUCACCUAGGACUAUGGAAGGUAGAGGAGUCCGAGGUCACGACUAGGAAGCUCUCACCGGAUUCACAAAACAUUUUCGACAUUAAAUGGCAUCCCUCUAUGCCAAGAUUUGUGACUGCGAGCACUCCGGGAGUCAGUGCAUCCUCGAAACUUCCACGUGGAUACCGCUCAGUCGUGCGCCUAUACGAGUAUGAAGUGACAGGUGACAGAUUCAACGCAACCACUGAAUUUGCGUGUCCCGCUCUGGACAUUAACGAAGUCACGCUAUGUCCGAUGAGCACAGCCUAUGUCACAGCCAGUUGCACGGAUGGAAGCACAUACGUCUGGGAUAACCGAAACCCAGGUAAAAUCCUCCACAAGCUCCAACACGGGACGUCUUCCACGCCGCUUCACCAUGAUAUCGACCGAGAAAUCACAGAUUUCGGUGUGAAGGUAGCCCUAUGGGGUAGCACAAUGGAUCAAUUGUAUACUGGCGGAUCCGAUUGUUACCUGAAGCAGUGGGACAUUCGACGGUCUCCAAAAGAUGCACUCGUCACUAACACAGCAAAGUUUGGACACGAUAUCGUCAGUGGGGCUUUCUCUGAAGACAAAUCUCAACUUCUCAUCGGCGACUAUGGUGGUGGCAUUCACGUAUUGUCAUGCAGCCCUUGCGCAGACCCUGAUGUCACUAAUUUCGAGUUCAGUCAUGCAUCGCAGCCAGCGCCAUCGUCAGAUGAACCGGAUGGGGUCACACUAGCCAAUGAGCUUCUGACCUCCGGUCAGCUUAGGAUGCAUCGAAGAUAUGGACCGGUUCAGGGGCUCAGCUACGCUGGUCCAUUCUCUCGGUGGGCUCGCGGUCUGCCCCAAGACGCCCCUAAGCCGAAAAUGAUUGCCAAAAUCCCGUUGCUUGAGGAGUGUCGACUUCGACAAUUUGAUGGUCCCAAAGUCAAGCAUCGAGCCGGCCUUGAUGAUAAGGCCAAAACGGAAGUUCGAAACGAAAUUCGGAAAGCCAAGAUUCGAAAUGGUCGCUAUAGCCGCUUCGUGGCGGCUUCUAGUCCGAUUGACCUUAGGAUCAAGCGUGAACGCCGCCUCAGUAUUGAAGGAGAAUACGACGACGAUGACGGCAGUACCGACCGACGACAAAGUAUGUCCAUGUCGCAUGAAAAGAAGAGACAAAAGCUCGAGCCAAGGCCAGGUUCACGAGUCAUUACUAAUACCAAUUUUGUUGACUUGACUCAAGAUUCGGAUGAUGAAAGUUUGGAGGCUUACGACCUUUCACCUCUGGAAAAGUUACUCGAAAACCUUGAGGACGACUUUUGGUAUCCUGAAAAUAAAACCCUGGAUCCAAAUUUUGCCAACGACGUAUAA